GAAGCCAAACAAUGAAUGAAGAAAAAGAUGCAAACAAAGCCGCUAUCGGUAGUGUAUGACAAUUGAGAAUGGAAAAAUUGGGAGAUGAUCUUUUAGCUUCGAUAAUGAGUAGGAUUCAUGAUUCUGCCUAUAGAAGAUCCAUUUCUCAAGUUUGUAAGCAGUGGUUCAGAAUUGAAGGCUUAACUCGAUCAUCUGUACGUGUUUUUGAACCCAAUCUUCUACUUAAUUUCCUUCCAAGAUUCCCAAAUUUGCUAAAAUUUGAAACAUCUGAAGAAAUCACGAAUACCCAUCUUGAAAUUUUGUCUGAAAAAUGCCCCAGAAUCCAACUUCUUAACCUUAAUUUCAAAAAAAAGAACAGAUUUUAUGAUGAAAGGGAUGAAAGUUUAGUCUUGGAUGAUUUUGAUGAAAAUGGUUUGUGUUUCAUAGCAAUGGGUUGUUCUUGUCUCAAUACAGUUUCUUUGAGAAAGAGAAGUGGAGUUGGGGAUGCUGGGGUUGUUUCUCUUGUUAGCUUUUUGCCUAAGUUGAUAGAUUUAGACUUGAGCUUUUGUGACAAGGUUAGUGAUGAAGCACUUAGAGCUAUUGGAAGUGUUAGCUCUUUGAAGAAAUUGAAUCUACAGGGUUGUUGGUUGGUAUCCGAUUCGGGUUUGAAAUCAUUAGCAGGAGGACCUCUUAGGAUGACCUUGAGGAAACUAAUUCUUGCUGAAUGUGAUAGGAUUACAGAUUGUGGAGUGCUGAGUUUGAUGCAAUUAUGUUGCUUGGAGGAAUUGAAUUUGGCAGAAUGUGGGCCGAAUGUGACUGAUUUAGCUGGUGAGGCUAUUGCUUCAAGUGAGAGUUUUAAGAGGUUGAACUUGUCAUGGCUUGUUAAUGUAUCUGAUGCUACUGUUGUUGCUCUAUCUGAAGGUUGCAAGAAUCUGGAUGCACUUAAUUUAACUGGCUGUGAAUUUGUCACUGGUGAAGGCGUCCGUACUUUGACAAAGCAUAGGUCAUUGAAAGAGCUCAUUUUGACAAGUUGCGAGAAGCUUAGUGGAUAUGAUUUGGAAGAGUUGGUACUAGGAUGCCAAACAUUAGAAUACAUUGUGGUUGACAGAAGACUAAGGAUGUGGGUUCCUAUGGAAGUGCAGGAUAAUAUCAUGAGAGAACACUGUUGGAUAGAUUGGAAAUAACAGAUGAAAGGGGAGUUGAGUGACUCGUUUCAUAUGGAUUGAUCUGUUUUCAGUGUUCACUCUCAUUUCUCGAUCGCUCUUACCAGUUAUAACCGGGGUCUUUCAUUCACAGUUCCCCAUCAUAAAUAAGGUGCAUAUUCUGCCCAGCGCCCAUUAUUUAUUGCUGAAGUAGUCAUAUUAGUAAAACAAAUGCACAGGGUACUUUUUGAUGAACUUGGCUACUGUGCUAUUGCCAUAAUGCCAUGGCCCAUGGGAUGCUUAACCUUGUGCAUAGACAUAGCAAUUUUGGUCCUGAAUAUAGCAGAUAUUUGAGAUAGGGUAAUCCAAGAAUCUCUUCCUUACGAGGAACUAAGCAAAAAGCAGAACGGAAGUUUGUCCAAGCUUUGUUGAAAGUUUGAACUGCUGAACAAUUAAUGACGGACGGUGUAGCAGUAUUUGCAAAAUCUGGCUUUUGCUAUUUAUUUCUUGUUGCUCCUUGGAACAAAUGUAUUUUUCUGUACGCUCGAAAGUGGAAAUAUUGGGCACUGCAAAAUAGUACUCAGUUUGGAGAACUAUCUCCACACCUAAGUGUGAAGUGGGGAUGGCUUCGAUAAAAUAUGAUGUAUGAAUAACAAAGGCACUUUCACAGUUCA